AGUUCUUCGUCAUUACUGCUUCUCAAAAUUCGACACAUUCGACUGCCCACACCAUCAUACCCAUUUCGCCCUUAAAAGCCAGAGCGCCAGGCUACAUUUACGAUCCCUUGACAGCAAUAACUCCUCUUAUACUACCUUCCCAACACUCGGAUCUCCGCCCAUCAACCUCAUCCACAAUGAACACUAAUUGUGUUGUGUGUCCGCCACCGGCUUCUGCCUAUUCUGACUCUGGGAUACGUUACAAAUCCCACGCAACAAAAUCAUGUUCUGGAUGCAAUGAUAUCCACUACUGCUCUCGUACACACCAAAAGGACGAUUGGAAGAUUCAUCGUUUGAUCUGCAAGAAGCUUGGUGAAGCUGGUGAGCGUCCUUCUUCUAACAUGAGACGAGUGCUCUUCUUUCCUGUCGAUGGCACACAACCUGAAUUCAGAUGGGCACCAGUGGAAGUGAGAGACCAGAAUGGCAGAAACAGACCUGGAGAGUGCCCAAUCUGGGAAGGAACAGACCUGUAUGCCGACGCUGAGGAGCACAUAUACGGCUGCAAUCCUAGUUGCAACGACGGUACAUUGUUUUACCAUAUAAGCUCUUGCCACAACAUUGUCAUCAGCGCCCUCGGAAAGCGUGAUCCAGAGAAUGCAGCAGUAAACAAGUGUGUUGAACAGCUUACCGGUGGCAAAGUCACCCACAUCAAAGGGGACGCGAUCGCGUUCGGGAUCUCGAAUUACAACCACACGCAGAACAUCACCCAGGAUCCACCCUCUCAAUGCAUCGAUAUGAGCACAGCAAGCCUGACGCUCAUCAAAUCAUUUCUCGUGCGUAAUGUUGCCUCGAGACAAAACAUUCGCGCUGUCCGCAUCAACUGCAUUGGCCAUAUCAAACUGCAGAACACUUUGCCAUUUGAAUCGGUAGUGAUCAGAAGCUCGAAAGCUCAGUCCAGGAGCUCGGUUGCAAACUUCCAUGUCACACGCCUCCUCGGACUUGAUCUCGUUGGUUGGCAAACGACUACCGAAAACGGGCUUGACGAUCGCAAUCCAAUGGCCAGUCUGCUUGACAUCACCUGCAGCAAGAGAGAAUUGGUCAAUGGAAGUCUGAGAUGGGGCUACUAUCGAAACCAACGCUGGGGAAACAUCGUUGUCAUGCGCAGCGAUGGAGAGCCUCUGGGACCAGAGUUUAUGCAAGCUUUGUGCACCUGGAUCGACAAGAGAAUCAGACCUUGUUUCAACAAGGCAAGAGCCCAAAUCCAGCUCGAAAAGAAGAGAGGCGAUACAACUUUUGAAGAGGAUCAAGCCAGAGCCGCUCGCAUCGAGGAUAUCCAGGACAGAACCAAUGCGAAGAUCACGAAGGAAGAAUUUCUGGAAUACCACAAAGGCAGACUGGAUGACGAGACUGAUGAUGAGAUGCCGAAUACUUUUGGCGCAGAAGAGGAGACCGAUAAUGAGGAAUGA